AUGCUGUCUCGCCGAGACACGCAGCCAGAGUCCUGUGGGCCAGAAUCCAGUCAUCACCAUCAGCAGGAAAUCCAUGACGAAGAUAUAGACCCUUGGACUCGCAUCCAGAGGUUCUUCAAGAUUCCAUCGCAAACAGGACUGAAAGAACUGAAUAUCAAUUAUGGAUGGCCAGUAAUGGUGCUGUUACCUCUGGCCGGGCUUGCAAAGAUAUUUCAUUGGAACCCGACCAUAGUCCUCGUGGUGAAUAUCGUCGCCAUUAUCUUCCUGUCCGAGUCGAUAUCUAUUUCAUCCGAUGAACUCGCUGCGCAUCUCGGCGAGCUGCAAGGCGCACUACUCAGUGCCACAUUCGGGAAUACCGUAGAGCUCACGGCAGGCAUUCUCGCUCUGGUUCACGGCGAGAUCCCAUUCGCACAAUCUGUCAUGGUUGGCAGUAUUCUCUCGGAUAUUCUGCUCGUCUUCGGCUGUUGCCUCGUCACAGCUUCGUACAACAAGGAGGUUUUAGAGUUUAACAGCGCUCUUGCAAAGACCUUGUCCUCUUUGAUGAUGAUCACUGCCGUGACAAUGCUUCUCCCAACGGCUCUCUACUCGACUUUCCCAGUAUCCGAGAUUGAUGACAGAGUGCUAUCCUUCUCACGAGGAACGUCAUUAGUGCUCCUCGUGCUCUAUGGAGCUUACCUCUACUUUUAUCUCGGGACGCACAAACACCUUUUCCUGUCAAAUGAGAGCGAAGCUGGUGACGAUGAAAAUAACGGAGAUUCAUCAUCCACUCCCAGCAAAGGCAGCUUAGCUUCGUCAAUUAUCCGAUUGACAACAGCCGUGGCCGCAACGGUCUUUUGCACAGAACUCCUGCUUGAAAGCGUUGAAGACAUGGCGCAAACGCUCGGCGUCUCUGAAGUAUUUAUCGCGAUCGUUUUUAUUCCAAUUGCUAGCAAUAGCACCGAGGGGGUUACUGUCAUUGCCGCAUCUCGUACAGGAGACACAGACUCUGCAAUCCGGGUUAUCAUCGACAGUCUCUUGCAGAUUGGUCUGUUUGUCAUACCAUUCUUGGUGAUUAUCGGCUGGUGCAUUGCUGUACCGAUGACUCUUUUCUUUGACUCGUUCCAGACUGUUGCCAUGUUUUCGGCCAUUCUGGUGGUUAACCAUCUACUUCGUGAUGGACAGUACGCUUACAUCCAUGGUGCCAUGCUCCUUUCUCUGUAG